AUGUUGCUUAUUCGCUCUAGUCCUGGAGUUAAACCUCGACACUGAGGCUGUUGAGCUUUCUUCCUUGUUUUUAGCGAGGCUAGGAGAGGGUGCCAGAUUUAUACUGGCGUUCCCCUCCACUGUUUCUCUUCCUUUCCAGCUUUGAAUGGGAGGAGGAUGCCUGCGCUCUCAGAGAGCAGGCUGGCUCCCAACUGCUGGGGCAGGUUUGCUCUGCUUUACCAGGAUCCUGCAGGCCAAGGAGCAUCAUUCUGCGGUGGCUGAGCCCAUGGUCCUGCCCCGAGGGGGUCUUCCUGAGAUGUGGCUGCUCUCCAUCUCUCUGCCAUGGCCUUGGGGAUGUGGAAACAGGGAUGGGGAGAGAGAGGUUUACCUGUUUGCUUGCCUCCCUACCUCUAGGGGACAGAUGCUUUGAAGUCGUGGGGACUGGUUACAAGUUCAGGUGGUCCCUCAGGCUGGAUGCAGCAGCACUGAAAUGCCUCACGGCAACCCAGCCUGCCUCUGCUAGCUCAGAGGAUCUAGCCCUCGUCUUGCCAGUUAAACCCAAUUGGCACAAAAGGCCUUUUUAUUUUGGUCCUGCAGCUAUCUAUGCCAAAUCCUGGUCCUGCUGAAGUCAGUAACAAAACAUUCAUUGACUACCGUUGGGCCAGAAUACAGCCAAUGCAACCCUCAAAGAUGAGGAGUGAGGGAUGGAGGAGAGGAAAAUAAUAUUUCAUGUGCCAGAAGUGACACAGAAGGUGCUUGCGUAAUUUACUGGAUAGAGUCUCCGAGAAACCCUGGUGGGGUUCAUUUACACCUGAAGUUUGGGAAACUUUGUUUUGGGAAUGACACGUGCAAAUUCAGUACUCUCUUUGCGGUUUGGGGGGCUUUUAUGGGGGGGGGGGUGUUUUUUGUGGGUUGUUUUUUUUUGUUUGUGCACGUGUAUGUGUGAAGUAGUGUUUUAUUUUAAUUCCCCCAAGUUGCCUUUUUCUUUCUUUCUCUCUCUCUCUCUCUUUUUCCUGUGGUUUUAAUUACCCAAGAUUUCAGAAAGUAACCAGUCCUGCUUUAAACUCCACUUUUUGCAUGAGCCCCUGCUGUUCACGUCUGGUUUUUGGCAUUUGGCUGUGUGGAGAGGAAUGGUUGCCUGUGGACUCUGGGAUUUGAUGCUUUUACCUUUUUCAGCAACGUGGCAUUUGUUCUAGAAGUGAACCUUGCUGUAUUAAGCUGUUCAUCCUUUAGGCCUACUGAUAGGGUGGCGUAAAUAUGUGAGUGGAAAUGUGACUUCUUAAAAAUCCUUUUCUGCUGUCCCUUUUGGUGUUUGGUUCCUCUUUUUUCCUUCCUGUCUGCCUUGAUGAGUGGGGAGGGACUAGCGGGUUGUGGAAUUGAUUUCCAAGGGAAGCCCUCAGUCUUGAGAGACAUCUUAAACUAAACUGUUAAAAGGCUUUGAGAAUUAACAUUAAAGGGUAUUUUUAUUAUUGGUGAGAUAACCAAAUCACUUUUCCCCUCUGUUUUUACAUUUCUAGUGCUUCCCUAUGCCGAACUCCCAAUUAUUAAAGACUUCAGAAAUAGUCCAGCAGUGACAAAGUAUAACAUCCUAAGUACAAUCGAUAAAUACAAUACUUCUCUCGUGAUGUGUGUAUACCUCUGUCCUCUGGAGAGCAAAGGAUUCGUCACUAAGUGGGCUCAGAGACAUAGUCAGGCAUUGCACAAGCUUUUCUGUGUUUAAUCGAUGAUGGUUGACUCCAGAGAACCACCCGCUCCAGACUGAUUAUCUCUUCUACUGAGCCCCAACUGCAUUUUUUUCCAGCUCUGUCUGAAGAGCAUGCAGAGCUAAUAAAAGGAAGCUAAAUGACAUGCAAAUGAAAAAAAUAUAUAUUACUUUUGUUUUUCAAUUAAGAAAAGCCAACUCCCAAACAAUGCUAGGGUUUCUCUGGCUCUGAGGCGCGUGCAAUCGCCCUAAAUGGGCAAAAAAGCAAGUUGAAUCUCAGCAACAAUGGUUCAGCUUUUGGGUCUGGGUCUUUCAGAGCAGGAGCCAACUGGUGCAUAAUAUUGAGGAAGACCUCCAAGUAACUCCCCCUGCCCCAAUCCCUGGAUAAAUGCAGUUUUUCCAUUGCCUUUCUUCAGCUUUCUGGUUCCACAUACCUAAGUAACAUUGAAAACUAACUUGCAUACCAAAACCCUGCAACACCCUUUAUUAAAACAACAACAAAGCAACAUGCCAUCUCAGCUUUUAACGCUUGGCCCCAAAAUUAUGUUUGCUGGCAGAUGGAUGGAAAUGCAGCAGAAAUACAUCUGGCUGGGAUUGCUGCUCAGCCAAAAUAGAUGCACAAAAGACCCUCCGUGGACGUGACCCUUUGUUGCUGCCUGUCCAGUCUUGUGUUUUGGUGGGUUGAUGUUGUCUUGCUGUCCCCAUUAUGGCCAUAUGACUUGGUAGGCCAACUCUGUCUUCUGACACUUGGGAGGGUGUGGGUAUAUCUUAUUUUGUACUGAUCUUUGGCCAACCCAAUCUGUAAGUUUGGCGUUUUCGUUUUCCCAGCAGGAGCUGUGGCUGGAAAGGCUAGGAGCAAAGUUUUUGAGAUGAACAGAACUGAACCAGAUCAAAUGUUGGUAUUGUAUAGCUUGGGUUUUUUUUUUAAUGUUGUUCAGUAUCUAAGAUGUACAACAUCGGUCUCUUUAAUGUAGGCAUGAAACUGUUGAUUGAAGGCAGGAAGAGAUGGUUUGAACUGUAAAGAACAAACAGGCAAUGUUGUCUUAAGCUCUGAUGGUCAGAAACUAUAAAAUUCCUUUAUGGAGAUCCAGAGAAAGGCUUGCAAGCCUGAAAGCAUGUCUGUUUUUACCAACUCUAUCAGUUGGUCUAAAAAGAUACUGCCUCCUUGCUUUACUUAGAAUGAAUAAAGUGAUUUAUGGAAACUGGAGGAAAAUGUUUUUACAAUUCCCAUUUGCAUGCCUGAGAAGGGAAUAAAAUAAAACUUUAUAAAGCUGAGAGUCUAGCGGUGCUCAUUUGAGCCCCCUGUUUGGGGGAAUAAAACCCCCUUGCUUAGGCUGGCAUCCUGCUUUGCUGCUUUAAUGGUUAAACCUGCUUCACAGAGCAUUACUGGGGAAAAGGAAACUGAAAGCUGUGCUGAAAAGCUAGUAGGUGAAAUUGGGAGUUGCUUGAACUAUUUCAUCUUUUAAAAGGACAAGCUCUGAACCAAGCUAUGUGAAGAUCGAGUGAGAUGUGAAAGCUUGACAGUCAUACAUAAAGGAAACCUUGAAUCAUUUCUAAGCUUCCUGGAAGAUGAUGUAGUGAGGUUAUUGUUGUGUUUACUAAUGAUUCCAUAGCUCUUACUGAUCAGCUUAAAAAAUGUCUUAACUACCAGCACCUGAAUCUUGGAUGCAGAUGGGCUCAACUGGGUUCAUUCGAAAUGUCUGCUGACGUCCCCUGACAAUAAUAAUUAAUAAUUGAGCACAGGGAACAGAGCAUGGCCACCCGAAUGGUCUGUUUUCUUUAUCACAGGGAAAAAGGUUUGCUUUGUACGGUUAAUAUUUUUAUACAUUCCUGGCAGAGCCUGACAAACUUCAAAACUCUCAUAGUCCCCAAGCCAUUUAAAAAUUUCUCCUUUAAAUAGAGCAUUGCAGAAGGAGCAUUGGUAUGUCUUUAGGACAGAGUCUGUCUUUUUUCAGGAGGAGGAGAUAGUAGGAAGGGACGGAAAGCUGCUAGCUCUCCUCCUAACCCAUUGUUGCCUUGAAAAUGUGCUGGACUUGGGCAGGGGUUUCGAUUCUUGCUAGCCUGGUCCUCCCUUUCUUGCUCUAUCUGUCCGAAGUGGAAGGAAGCGUGUCCGUCAUGAACAUUUGAACAGCAAACCCCCCCCUCACGCCCCAAACCCACAUGCACAGCUCUGGAGUAGUCCAUGGAAGUGACACUAGGGAGCAGAGAAAAACCAGACUUCGGCAGUAGUGCUAAAUUUCAGGGGUUUUGUUCACCCGAGAUUCCAGGCGCGGGGAUCGCUGGUAGCUGGCCAAGGAGCUUGGAUGGCAGCCUACCCGUUCCUCAGCUCUGCUUAGCUUGCUCCCUCCCCCCGCCUUUCUUUUUUUAAUUGCAUAAUAUGCUAGAAAAUGAUCUGGAUUUGGGACUUAUUUUUAACUAGAAGAGGCUCACUUCACCCAAUCUGAUUUUGGCUUUAACAUCCAGCAAAUACUUUCUGAAGCUCUUUUCUUUUUGCACUGAAACCCUGGCUUCUUUUGCCCUCUCUCCCACUUUGCAAAGGCUCUUCGCUUUUAAAUGUUUGUUAGCGAGUCUUGGGGAUGUUUGCAAGUCCUUAGCUACAUUGUCUGUCUGCAGAACUGGUGUAUGACAAUCAAAUUGGUGUUAGACCUGCCUGGUGCAGUCAUUUUGCAGGCAUGGAUCCCAUUGGGGGAACUGGGAAUUGUACUCAAAUAAGGAAGAUAUAUGUUGGGGAAAGGAGGAAAGCGGAAGUUUGACGAGCAUGAAGAUGGGUUGGAAGGCAAAGUGGUGUCUCCUACUGACGGUCCCUCUAAGGUGUCUUACACCUUACAGCGUCAGACUAUCUUCAACAUUUCCCUUAUGAAACUUUAUAACCACAGGCCAUUAACCGAGCCAAGCUUGCAAAAGACAGUUUUAAUUAACAACAUGUUGAGGCGAAUCCAGGAAGAACUCAAACAAGAAGGCAGCUUGAGGCCUGUGUUCGUGACCGCUUCGCAGCCCGCCGACCCUCUCAGCGACAACUUCCGCGAGGCCCAGCCGGCGUUCAGCCAUCUCGCCUCCCAGCCCCUUCUCCCCACUGACUUCGUAAGCACUACGCCCCUGGAGUCUUGCCUCACCCCAGCCUCUUUGCUUGAGGACGACACUUUUUGCACUUCCCCGACUGUCCAGCACGAUGGUCCGACAAAACCACCACCUCCUGCUCUCCAACCAGUAAAGGACAGCUUCUCCUCAGCCUUGGACGAAAUCGAGGAGCUUUGUCCAGCACCUACCUCCGCAGAGGCAGUAGCAGCCGAAACAGCAGCCGAUGACUCUAAAGACCACCCCAGCGAGUCCAACGUUCAAAAGCCCGAGGGCCUCCCAGAGAGCAGAACGGCCGAAUCAAAACUCAUGGACUCGCUACCUGGCAACUUUGAGAUAACAACUUCCACAGGUUUCCUCACAGACUUGACCCUGGAUGAUAUUCUGUUUGCUGACAUUGAUACAUCCAUGUAUGAUUUUGACCCCUGCACGUCUGCCACGGGGGCUGCGUCAAAAAUGGCGCCUGUCUCAGCAGAUGAGCUCCUAAAAACUCUCGCUCCAUACAGCAGUCAACCAGUAACUCCAAAUCAGCCUUUCAAAAUGGACCUCACAGAACUGGAUCACAUCAUGGAGGUGCUUGUUGGGUCUUAAAAUAUAGAAAUAUAGCAACUUUUUGUUUUUUAAUUUUAAGUACCAGUAUAUACACUUGGUAGUAUUUCCAUAGUCCCUCCCACCCCCGAUUCACAGCACUGUGCAUGCGUCCUUGCUUGCCUUUUUUGAAAAGAAAAGGAUCACACUAGUUUUUGCUUCAAGCAGAGUUGGAGUGCCUUCAUCCAUGUAUGACCACUUCUAAUGUAUUUUUUUUAAAGUGGUUCCUCAAGGAAGACCGAAUAUCCUGGUAUAGGAAAGAAUAUGUAUUGUAGACAAUGUUAUGUUAUUACAAAAAAAAGAAAAAAAAAAAAAAAGAAAAAAAAUUGUAAAAGCUAAGCACAAGGAUUAUGUUGGGGAAAGCUGUAAAUUGCAUGUGCAUAUUUGUCUAUUUUUUCUAUAAGUUUUAUUGCAAGAGGUAAAAAAUUUUAUUAUUUAGAUAAUCUCAAUACCAUUUUAGCCCUGUAUAGGUUGACUUAGCAAUUCAGCCUUUUGGAGGCAUUAACCUGCUCCUCUUUAAGUGUUGCAUUUACAUGGCUGUUUAGAAACUGCUGCCCAAAUUUAUUUUAUAUUUUUGUACAGAUUCUGCAGUUUAUGAUAUUGUUUUUUCUAAAAACAAAUGCUGUUUAUACACACAAAAAAAUAGCUAUUUUGAUAGGAUUUGCUCACAUAGUUCCUGCAUAAUUCAGAUGUACAAGAACCACUUGUACUUUUAUACAGAGUUGUAAUGUUUUAUAUGUGUAUGGUGCAAAAGAGAAAAUUGGAUCAAAUAAGCCUGCAGUCGGUUUCCCUGAAUGCAAACAAAAAAGUGCUUUAAGAAAGGGCUUGGAGCUGCUUCUGCAGGAGUUUCACAAGUGUUUGCUCCCUGCUGUACCCACUGCGCACUACUGUGAUUCCUGAAACUUAGAGCCAUGUCCUUUUCCAACACGUAUGUGAAGCAGUUGGCAGGAAACAGUUGUGGAACUUCACCCGAAGAGGUCCUGAGCGCCACCACGGCUGCAGCCUCCCCACCCCAGCGCCGGGGCGUCCAUCCCGCGUGACGUGGAGCGCCUUAACAUGGCGGCAGAUCAGCACUUCCUCACCCGAAGCUCCGGGGAAUGGUUUUGAGGGGGAACGUGCCCAUUGCCCACUUCCUGACCGACGGGCGUACGGGCGGAGCGGGCAGAAGACUGGCGUUGACAGCAUACACUCACCCUUUCUUGGAGCAUUUCUGCUUCCCUCUCCCCACCUCACUGUGCUAAGUGCUGAAAAAGGCAACUUCAGUAUUACUGCAGUGAAGCUCAUCUCUUAACUGCACUGGAUGGACUUGCUUUAAUAUCCAUUGCUGUUGAAACUGGAGCCAGUCGUGUUACAUCCCUUGGCAUCUCGUAUAGGGUUGGUUUCUUGCAUCAACUGUGUUACCUGCUUUACACUUUAUAGACCCGUUUUACAAUGAAUAUACAGACACAGCUUUCUAUGCAUGGUCCCGUUUCCCCGUAACACCUGAGAAGUCUUCUCAUUACUGCACCAAUAGCUUUUUUUAAGUUCAUUGUGGUGUACAUUUAAUUUAAAAAAAAAAAAAAAAAAAAAGUUUGCGAUGUAUCAUGCCUAUUGCUGAAGUUGCUAUGGCAUUUUAGUUUUUCAAUGGUACUUUAGCUGUUGAGCGCCGGUUACAACCUAUAUUGUUGACAUGCCUAUGGCUUCUUUAGGAAUAACUUUUAUAUUUAUUUAAGAAAUUUUAAAUUAUGUUUUACGUCAUUUGGCAAUGUUCAGUCAAUUCUGCUCCCUUCUUGUCAUGGAUGAAAUUGGGUCUUGUCUGCCUUUUAAGGAGGCGGCUUUUUAUAAAUUGGCACUUUAAAACAGGCCAUGUAUAUUUAUUAGUAUAUAGCUAGAUAGAUGUAACAGAUAUGCACACAGACACAGUAUAAAAGCAAAUAUGUUUUGCAAUGAAGGAACUCCUAAUCAAAAUGAAAUGCGUCAUGUACAGUUACGAAAUGCACUUCUGGCUCCUAAUUCAUCUGCCAGGGUGAGAUGUGGGGCUGAUGGGGGGAACUGGCUGAGGGGGUGGGGGUUUGCUUUCUUCUUUUUUCCAAGCCAAACUCAGUGAAGCAGUGGGGUGCUGAUGGAUUUGCAGUUGUUUCCUUACACAGACUGGGCAGGGGAGAGUAAGUUACUGCUUCAAAGAGAAAACCAUUGACCAAGUGUAGCUUUAGGGACCAUCGGAAGUGAGGGGGUGGGGAAGGAGGGGGGACAGCUCCAUCUUGCACCCAGCACCCAGCAGUGACUGGACCUUGCUCAGCCCUUGUAGGAAAACAAAACAGCCCUGCCCGAUUCUGCACCUCUUGUACAAGGAGUAACUGGGAAGGCUAAUAUGCAAGGGUAGUGUGUCUGGCACAAACCUGUAGGCACCUGGUAACAUCAACAGUUUCACACGGUAACUUGGUAAGCACUUGCCUUACCAUGGUUAAAAACUGAUUUACAGUAUGCUGGAGCUGCCCCUUUUUUUUUUUUAUUACUUAUGCAUUUAAACAGAUACCAUAUGCUAGGCAAGAGUUCACAUCAAUGCCAUUUUUGGAGAGCUGUGCUGUUAAGCAGGGUUAGUUGAAGUUUUGUAUCCGCAGAACAGGAGACGAGCUCUAAAUCCACUUUACCACUCAGAAGACAACGUCUAUGUAUCCUUGGUGCCGACGCGCAUAUCCUAUGGCAGAGUCCUUACAGGAAUCCCAUAGGGCAUAAACAGACCUGACUUAUGGGACUAGGCAAAAGGUUAGUAGGCUGGUGCUGCUCUGUAACCGCGGCAGGCUACGGAGGGAAGGGCUCAGCUGUGGCUUUCUCCCCGGUCUCCAGCAUGGCCUUUGCCAUGGUCCUAACAGCAGCCACGCAUGGAACGUCUCUGAGACCUACACCAGGGAUGGAGAUUGACAUUAAUGUGCAAUGAAGUGACAAGAUGGGAGCAGAAUAAGAGCUUUGGAUUUGAAGUGAUUUUUUUUGUUUUUCAUAAAUUAUUUAUUCUUUUUUUUUUCCUUCUGUAAAUAUAUUUAUUUUAUUGUGAAGCUAACAACAUCUGGAUUGUAACAUGUACAGAAUGUAUGGUAGGAAUGUAUUCUCUUGUAGGAAUGUAAAUCUGUAUGAAAAAUGGUAUGGGAGCCAGAUUCAGAGAAAAUUAAUUGAGUUCCAGUCAGGAUAUGCAUGGUUCACAUGACUUUUUCCUGCCUUCCCCCUUUUCUAAUAUGGGUCUGGUUGUUUGAAAUAUGCAAAAAAGGUAUGGAUGAGGGACAGUUUGAUGUUCAAAAUUAGUCCUAGUCAGGCUCCUACCCUGUCAGCUUCUUGAGACUGGCCUCCCCCAUCACUCUGCUGGAAUCUGCAACAGGAGACAGGAGCAUAUGCAGUCACCUCCAUCAUGCUGGCCUGGUAAAUGUUUGAAAAAGGUGAUUUUUUUUUUUUUUUUUUUUUUUUUUUAAACACUCACGGGAAGCCCAGCUGAAGUCCCUGGGGCUGGACAGCUGAAGAAGGUUGCAGGAUGUUACUUCCAGCCCCAGAAGUUGCAACAGAGCUGACACCACCUCAUUGCCAGAAGGUAAGGCCAGACAAGAAGUCACGACCGCACUUUGCACGUGCGGCAGAGGGUUUGCUUGCUCGAGUUCAAGCUACCCGCGUUGCUCUGUGCGUCUGACCAGCCCGUCCUUGGACACCACAGGUCCCCUUCCAGAGCCCGACAGGACCACACAGCCCUAUGUGCAAAGGAAGGGGAACUUCCCUCCUCAGGAGAACAUCGUCAAGCAGUGUCCUAUAUAAAUGCAUCAAUCUGGCACCUUCCCUGUAGCCAGCUAGAACAGCAAGACAGAAAAGCCACCGACUGAAGCAAUCGCUAAGAAUAAAUUUGGACCUUGUGAAAGGUAAUUUGGUUUUUCCUCAAUGCUGUGUGGUAAUAGCCUGGGUAGUUUAAAACCAAUGUUUUGAAUCCAAAGUUUACACUUUUAUCACCAUUAAAUUGGUUAAGUUGUAAUGGGUCCUGUCUGACAAUGGUUUAAUUCACUCCAGCACAUCAUGAACUUUUUGUUCUUGUUACUCGGAUUCUUCUGGUUUUGUUUUGGGUUUUUUCCCCCCAUCAGGUUUCAGUAUCCUGCUUCUGUGCGAGUUGCUUUCAGUGCUAUUAAUUAAUGAGACUGAACAUUUUUGAAGAAAUUAGUUCUUUUAUAAGCACUUUUUCUUUUUCUGAAAAUAAGCCUAAUGCAAGUUCUGGAACCUCUUUAAAAACACAAAUUGCAGAUAAAAUCCCAACCUUGACUCCUAUCUAGUUCUGAGCAUAAUCCAUACUAGCGCCUGUAAAGGCUAAGAUUCUGGAAAAGGUGUAAAUAGUGUGACAUGUUCAGUGCAUGGUUGUUUGAACAGGGCUUGUUAUUGUCAAAAAAAAAAAAAAAAAAAGGAAAAAAAAAGAAAAAAGGCUGUAUUUCCCCUUCCCCUCCCACAGACCUUAGAGCUGUGCCUUUUCUAUGCAAUAUUACAGACAUAUACAUCUGAAACCAGAUUACUGUAUUCACAUGUAGGUAUGGGCUGUAAUCAAAAAAACAAUUGGACAAAUGUACAUGGAAAUGAGCAGUCUUACUUUUGUAGUUUUAUAUUAUACAAUAAACAGUUAAAAUAAA